CAUCAUCUCCAUCAUCACCACCAUCAUCAUCCUCAUCAGCAUCAGCAGGAACAGCAUCAGUGUGAUGAAGCAGCGGAGGACGGAGACCUUCCUGCUCUGAGACACUGGAUCAGCCCGCAGACAGGAUGACUGAGGUGAUGAACUCUCUGGAGCCAGGCACGGAGGACUUCAGCGGGGGCGGAGCGGCAGCAGAUCAGGGUGCAAUCUUCCCAGACGCCCAUGAAAGGUAUCCGAAGCUGUCCAAGAGGCUCCCGUCCAUCGUGGUUGAGCCGAUGGACGCAGCCGAGGUGGAGAGCGGCGAGCUCCGCUGGCCGCCGGACGAGCCGAGCUCUCCGGACGCCCAGACUGAGAGGCAGAGUGCAGAGGAGGAAGCUGCAGAUGAGGGACAGUCGAGUGUCGGUGUGGAUGAAGAGGCUUCAGGUGCGGAGAUGCAGGACUCCAACUGAAGAAACUCUCCUCCUGCGUAAUCCACUGUUACUGUGAGUGUGUCCAGACUCGGAUGAAUGAAAAAGAGUCAGAUAGAAGAGCAGUUUGCAUUGAUAGAGAGAUUACAGAGCCGGAGGAGGGAGGUAAAAAAACAGGUUCCCGAACCCCAGCUCCCGGGCUUGGAGCCGGAGUCCCCUUAAAUACAUUUCCAGAUGUUUUUUCCUGUUCGUGUACUCACCUGCGCUGAUGAAGGAGC